AGUUUGGCGGCUGGUCGUGAGAAUGGUGUAUUCUGUUGGUGAACAAAGGCAAAAUAUCGUUUGUAAAUGUGCAGUAGAUGAUGUCGUCUGAGCCUACAAAAGUGCAAGUGGAAUAUAUUAACGAGGACAAAAGUACCAAGGAGGGCGGAGGCUCGCAGUCGCCGUUGGCCCUGCUGGCAGCCACGUGCAGCCGGCUGGGCGCCGCCGGGAUGGGGCCCGAACAUCAGCACCCCGUCAAGGACGAACAACACUAUAGUCCACAACAACAACAGCAAGCGCAACAACAGCAGGCGCAACAGCAAGCUCAACAACAGGCGCAACAGCAGGCGCAACAGCAACAGGCCCAGCAACAGGCACAACAGCAAGCCCAACAGCAAGCCCAGCAGCAAGCACAACAACAGGCACAACAGCAACAACAGGCGCAACAACAAGCGCAACAACAAGCGCAACAGCAGGCGCAACAACAGGCGCAACAGCAAGCACAGUUGAUACAGCAACAAGUACAGGGAGAUGCUGCGACACUUGCAGCGAUACAGCAACAGUAUUUGCAACAACAACAGCCGCAGCUACGAGUCAUCAGUUCAGCUGUUGUUCAACAGUUAAGAGCACAGGGACUAUCUGGCAAUGAAUUAUCAGCGGCAAUUGUCAAUGCGGCCAAUACAGUUCCAAAUGGUAUACAAGUACAGCAACCUCAGGUGAUAUCUAUGCAGCAACUGCAGUCGCUGCUGGGUGGUGGCGUGGUCUCACAAGAAGGCGCUCCGUACCAGAACUCGCCGCAACAACUGCUGCAAAUACACCCGCAAUUGUUACAGCAGCAAGCGGGCGGGGUAUACGGCGGCUGCCUGGUCGGCGGCGUGGGCGGCGUGGGCGGGGUGGGCGGCGUGGGCGCCGUGCCGCCCAUGCAGGCCGUCACCGUCGACGGACAGGACGCUCUCUUCAUCCCCGCGCAGCAUGCACAGAAUUUCUCCGGUAUGGGCCAAGUGAGUUUAGUAAACGGCCAGCUGGUGCGAACGCCGGUGCUCCCCGCUGGGUUCCUACAGAACGUGAUGCAUUUACCUGCUGAACAACAGGCGACGGUCUCCAUACCCGGCACUAACCUAACCAUUCCCCUGAGCGCGUUGACCGGGAAUCAGCCGAUGAUCACAAUCCCGGGGUCCAAUAUCACCAUCCCCGGCGGGAUUCAGAUCCCGACGAGUCAGAAUAUUAGUAUUCCUAGCUCGUCCGGGGUAUUGCCCGUGAGUGCUGCCAAUACCGUGCAAGUGCAAGGGGACAAGAACGGGGGGAACAAGGACAGUAAAUCGCCGCCCAGCCCUGGAUCAGGCGGCGGGGUCGCGGUCCGCGGCGGCGUCGGCGGCGUGGGCGUCGGCAUGGUCCCAGUGCAAGUGCCCGUGUCAGUUGCGAAUGGUCACACCGUGUACCAGACGCUACACGUACCGCUGCACGCGCCGCAACACCUGCAGAUCAUACCGCAGCUGCAGCAGAUGCAAGCGCAGCCUCAAGUCGCUAACGUGUUAACGCCGUCCGGUCAAAUACAGCAGAUACAAAUCGCGUCUCUGGCAAAUGUACAGCAAGCGAACGGGCAGUCGCAGGCGGCCGCCAGCGCAGCACCUACGCCUGCUACCAUCACGCUACAGGCGGUGGGCCCGUCGAUGCAAGAGCAGCAGAUGCAGCAGGCAGCGGUCAGCUCCGCGCCGCACCAGCUCACUGUCAUCCCUGCUUCGAGCAACGUCAGGAACGUCGUUCAGAUGCCGACGCUGGGCGUGGGCGUGGGCGGCGCGGUGCAGCUGGUCCCAGCGCUGGGACUGGGCGGCGUGCAGCUCGCGCAACUGCAACACGCGCCGCAACCGCAGCCGCAACCCCAACCUAUUAUAGGCCAACAGAUCCAGCAAGACCCAAACGAGCCUGGCAAAUGGCAGGUAGUUACCGUCAGUAACAGUAGCGCGGGCAGUAACGCCGGCAGCGGCAGCGGCGGCGGCAGCGCGUCUGGCGGCGAGUGCGAGGUGAAGAGAGAGGCUAGCCCCACCCUCGGGGGGAAAAGACUCAUGAAGCGAGUCGCUUGUACCUGCCCCAACUGCGACCAGGGGGAGAAUAGAAUGGUGGACCGUAAGAAGCAGCACGUGUGCCAUAUCGCGGGCUGCAACAAGGUGUACGGCAAGACUUCGCACCUGCGCGCGCAUCUGCGCUGGCACUCGGGGGAACGACCCUUCCUUUGCAACUGGCUGUUUUGUGGCAAGAGAUUCACGAGGUCAGAUGAGCUUCAGCGUCACCGGCGCACUCACACGGGCGAGAAGCGCUUCGAGUGCCCCGAGUGCAGCAAGCGGUUCAUGCGCUCCGACCACCUCGCCAAACACGUGCGGAUACACACCAAGAACCGGAUCACGGAGGUAGCGACAUCAACGCAGUCGAUGUACUCGGAUUCGGGCGACGACUCCUGUGACGAGAAGAUGAUGCUGACGAUAGAGACCAUCCACACGGAGGCCGACAACGAGGACAAGCAGCAGCUCCUCAUGAUCAGUGGCAAGAUGGAUGCGGACGUCGAGGAGAAGCAGCAGCUGGUGAUGAUCAGGUCCGGCGCCAAGCUGGAGCCUGACCGCUUCGACAGCUAGGAGGAGAGCAGCGACGACGAAUAGCCUCGUCGCUGUAACACACAGACCACGGAACGAAGAGUAUACAAUCUAAGGAGUAGGGCAGGCCAAAAGUAGGUACCCUCAGGACGUUUUCCCACUAACCUCUUUU